AUGUUUGCUACUAGCGUAUUUACGAGGCACAGACAAGACAGGGAGGGAUUACCGGCCAGCUUCUCCUCAUCUGAGGAAAACACAAACAAGGAGGUCAACAAGAGCGAAAAGUGCAUUGGUGCUGUCCCUUGCGAGAGAUGCAGCAGAUUAGGCCGAUCGUGCGAGUUCAGCAAUCGCUUCAGGAGAAGUCGAAUUCCUGGGGCAGUCUCCGUCCCAGAGGAAAAACCUCCCGUCAUAUCACCUGAUGAUGCAACUGGCUUCUUUGAGGUAGAGCGCAUUCAAGCAUUGGAGCAUAUCGUGCGACACUUCACCGGGCUCGAACACUGCAACAAGGAAGAUCUCGAGACUGUUAUGAGCAAACUUUCGUCGGACAACGCGGCUUUGCCACGUUUGGUUAACGGCAAGGAUAAUGAAAGCUCAAGUAAUGAUGGUAAAAGCUAUGUGAACACAGACGCGACAUCCCCGUCGUCGACAGUUCAUGCAGAAUUCUCACAUGCUGCGUUUUCUCGUCGUCUACAACAGAGAUUCAAGGACCAGCUGAAUGACUCAGACUGCGAGUAUUUCCAUACAGAAGGCACGGUAAACAACACGGCCCCUCCUGGACACCUUCUUUCUCGAGACGUGGUUGUUCUCGAAGCCGUGUCACUGUUCCCACCGCCUGAGUCCGCCUUCGUUCUCCUUGAUGUAUUUUUUUACUUUGCACAAACAAAUUAUUUCUACAUCUGCGAGGAAACACUUCGACAACAACUCGAUCAAUUUUACUGCAACCCAACGCAAGUUGGAAAGAAGGAUACUGCCUGGGUCUGUGUCUCUCUCAUGGUAUUCACUCUUGGAAUACAAUUUUUACACUUACAUCAAUCCUUACCCCGAGAUGCCUCCCUGCAUGAUGCGUACAGUAUUAGCCAAACAAUGGAUGAUACUCUUGCGUUGACAUUCUACCGCAAAGCAUCGAGUCUGAUACCGGAUCUCCUUACUAUGGACUCCAUCGAGAGUGUUCAAGCAUUUCUACUGUUCGGUAUAUACAUGCUUCCCAUCGACCCAGCGGGACUCUCAUGCACGUAUUUCGGAAUCGCUGUGAAGGCGGCAACACAGUUCAGUAUACAACAGAGGAGUGAUCUAUCGCCCGGAGAAAUAGAGUUACAAAAGAGAGUUUGGUGGACUGCAUAUGCACUAGAACGACUUACUAUCCUUAUCGAGGAUGCUCGAGAUAUAAUGUUAGACUGGAAAGCCACCCGUCAAUCGCAGUGCAUCAAGACACUACAAGACAUUAUUGAGAUUAGAGAGAGACACUAUAAUUACUGGCAGAGUCUUUCACAGGAAACGUGUUGUCGAGAUCUCACUCCUGGAAAGCCCUUGUUCCGAUCCAACGUACAUCUCGCCCUCACAUACCAUCUCUUUCACAUUUUGAUCGGUCGGUCUUUUGUUCUCGACGAAUCCGAUGUCAAAGACAAAGAGACUUCUGCUGCAGAAUGGCUCAGACUACGAAAGGCCCUAGCAGAUGACUGCGUCAACAGUGCUGUGGCUACGAUCAAUCUUUGCCAACUUCUCAAAGAGGAAGGCCGCCUCUCGAAGUCAUCCUAUACCGAGUUCAGUUCUUGCUGCGCCGCUAUCUUGGUUCUUGUGGCAAGAUGUGUCUCUGAUAAAAGCAGACAGCUCCAGGACGCUAGCAAAAAGGGUAUGGAGCUUUUGAGGGAGAUAUCGACUGGUGUGUUUUCGACAAGCAGCGAGAAGUCUGCAGUGGCAGCUUUGGAAGCUGCAUCUGAGAGAUUGAUCCUUGAUUCAGACGAAGAAGCGAGCAGUGCCAAGUUGUCCGACAAUGGUUAUCGUCAGUUCCGAGAAUGGGUCGCUACACAGCAGAUUGCUUCAGAAGAAUUGCAAUUUCCCCGGCAAGAGAAUCAGAUGUUGAAUUUUCUUGGAGGAUCAUUUGUGGGCCCUCAGUGUUCUGAGAUGUGGUUCAGUUACGGGUUGGAGCGUUAA